AUGUCGACUUUGAUGAUGAAAGGCUGCUCUAUCACUUCCGAUGCGUUAGCUAUGAUUAACCGAGCUUCACCUGGGCUAAUGAAGCUCGACCUUAGUGGCACCAAUGAUUAUGACAUCAACAUCUCUAUGGAUGAGGAAUCAAUGAGAACUUUCCUGCCACCAUGCGUCAGUGACUUGAUACAAUGGACCAGCCUAUACAGACAGGGAGAAGCCGCCUUGGAAUUAUUACAAAGGUCGCUUGAUACAUUGCAUUCACCUGUUUUAGUGUCCAUUCAACUUCACAUUUUGAAUGCGCCUAAAUCCUGGGCCAAGGAUCCGCUGCCACCUUGUAUCCAACAAUUAGACCGAAUGACGAUUGCCUGUACACACGGGGGAAUGAACACAAAGAACACAGAGAAGGUCGCAAAUCGAUUAAGGGCAAACAUGGUAGGAUUAAGAAAGGUGAUAAACAGAAAAUUUUGUACUGGGCACACUGUGUAUUAG